UCAGUCCAGUCGAAAACAUGGCGUCUGUGGUGACCGUUUUGGGAGAAGGAGAUAAACACCUGUGCAUUAGGAAGGCAUCGUCAGGUUGUUUGUAAAUCGCUUGGUAGCAUUUGGUGUCGGUGAACGGGCGGCUCAUCUUAUGAAAAAGGCAACCAGCGACGUCAGACACUUUUGGUUAAUCCAUGUCAAAGGGAGAACGAACGCUCCGUCUGAAGAGGAGUUGUCGGCUGCAGCCUCAGCAGCAGCACCAGCAACGAGGAGGUCAUUAAUGGCAGGGGACGUGGAAGUGUAUAAUUCAUCACUUCAUGAUACCAGUGUCUCCUCUGGCUUCAGGGCACUAUAUGAGGAAAGGCUUCUUUUGGAUGUUACACUGGUCAUUGAGGACCACCAUUUCCAAGCCCAUAAAGCCCUUUUGGCCACACAGAGUGACUAUUUCCGCAUUAUGUUCACAGCAGACAUGCGGGAACGGGACCAGGACAAAAUACACCUCAAAGGACUGACUGCUACUGGCUUUAGCCAUGUUUUACAGUUCAUGUACUAUGGCACGAUUGAAUUAAGCAUGACAACAGUACAUGAGAUUCUGCAGGCUGCUAUGUAUGUACAGUUGACUCAGGUUGUAGAGUUCAGCUGCUCUUUCCUGCUUGCAAAAAUAUGUUUGGAUAACUGUGCUGAAAUAAUGCGUCUGUUGGAUGACUUCAGUGUAAACAUAGAGGGUGUUCGAGAGCAGCUGGAUAGCUUCCUACUGGAGAACUUUGUGCCUCUUAUGUCAAGACCAGACUUCUUAUCCUACUUGACUUACGAGAAGUUGAUGGCAUACCUGGACAGUGACCAGCUGAGCCGUUUCCCUGAGAUUGAAUUGUAUGAGGCAGUACAGUCUUGGCUGAGACAUGAUCGUCGCCGUUGGCGCCACACCGACUCUGUUAUCCAGAAUGUCCGCUUCUGCCUCAUGACUCCGUCUCAUGUCUUUGAGAAGGUUAAGACAUCUGAAUUUUAUCGUUAUUCCCGGCAGCUUCGACUUGAAGUGGAACAAGCUCUCAAUUACUUUCAUGGCAUUAAUCAGCAACCUUUAAUGGAGAUGAAAUCCAAUCGCAUUCGUUCCAUAAAACCUCAGACUGCUGUUUUUCGGGGGAUGAUCGGACACAGCAUGGUUAACAGCAAGAUCUUGUUGCUACACAAACCUAAAGUAUGGUGGGAACUGGAGGGUCCUCAGGUGCCCUUGAGGCCAGACUGCUUGGCUAUUGUCAAUAACUUUGUAUUUUUACUGGGAGGUGAAGAGUUGGGUCCAGAUGGGGAAUUUCACGCAUCUUCGAAAGUGUUUCGAUAUGAUCCAAGGCAGAACUCUUGGCUUAGGAUGGCAGACAUGUCUGUUCCUCGCUCAGAGUUUGCCGUAGGGGUCAUUGGAAAGUUUAUCUAUGCAGUUGCAGGGAGAACUCGAGAUGAGACAUUUUACUCAACUGAGCGUUAUGAUAUAACAGAAGAUAAGUGGGAAUUUGUUGAUCCUUACCCUGUUAAUAAAUAUGGCCAUGAAGGUACUGUACUCAAUAGCAAAUUAUAUAUCACUGGAGGUAUUACCUCAUCAUCAACUUCAAAGCAGGUUUGCGUGUUUGACCCUAGCAAGGAAGGUAUUCUGGAGCACCGAACCCGGAGGACCCAAGUGGUAACAACUUGCUGGGAGAACAAGUCAAAAAUGAAUUAUGCUCGGUGUUUUCACAAAAUGAUUUCCUACAAUGGGAAGCUUUAUGUUUUUGGUGGAGUUUGUGUCAUUCUACGAGCAUCCUUUGAAUCCCAGGGCUGCCCCUCUACAGAAGUUUAUGAUCCAAAUACAGAUGAGUGGACCAUUUUGGCUUCAAUGCCCAUCGGUAGAAGUGGACAUGGUGUUGCUGUACUUGAUAAGCAAAUUAUGGUUCUUGGGGGUCUUUGUUAUAAUGGUCAUUAUAGUGACUCCAUACUCACUUUUGACCCAGAGGAAAACAAGUGGAAGGAGGAUGAGUACCCUAGAAUGCCUUGUAAACUGGACGGUCUGCAGGUCUGCAGCCUGCAUUUUCCAGAAUAUGUACUGGAGAAUGUGCGACGGUGUAGCUGAGAACCUGCUCUUCUGUGCCCUGCAGAUGCUGAAGUGCAGUUCAAAAGACUCCAAAUGACAAUUUUAAGGAAUACUUGUUUACAGUGAGAAAAGAUGUAACCGUGAAAGUCAAAUUCUUAUUAGGUAGAGUGACAUCUUACCAACUUGAAAUGUUAAUUUUGUAAUCUGAUUUUUUUUUUUUUCCCUGAGUGAACAUUUCACUUUUAUCUUACUCCGUUUCUUUCUCAAGUAGGCCUCUAACACAAGUUGUAACCCCAUUUAGGUGGAGUCAAUUCUGGUUGUGAUGUGCUUCAACCUGAACAAAUGUGGGAGUGUGUGGAGGUCACAUGACAUACAGAAACUCAUUAAUUUCACUAACAAUCAACCUUUUUUUUUAUUUUUAAAACAAUUAACUCAGCUGGUAUUGCAUUGGGCAAAUACCUAUUGAAGUUUUUUUCACUAAAGAUAGAUUAUAAUGUCAUGAACAUAUCCAGAAAAUUUGGUCUUUGGUUUUUCAGUCGUUGCUGUGCUAUUCUUAGUUAUAGGUGGCAUAUGGUUUCAUAUCACUAAUGGGUCUUUUUUAUAGGAGCCAUAUUAACUUGAAACUGUAUUGCAAGCACCAGUGGACAUAAUGACAUUAAAUAAGGUUCAAAUUAUGCUACACUGAAGUUGAACAUAAGUUUAAUUAAUGUCAUUAGUGAUACCUGUGCUUGACAUACUAUUUCAUGUCAAAUUCUCUGCUGUGAAAAAGACCCAUUCCAAUGUGGCUAAUAAAUGCCAAUGCUCCGCCCUGCAUUAAUCAAAGGGGAGUGAGGUGUGCAAAUCAGUCAGGCGUAAUCAAUCAAUAGCAAAUGCUAUCAAUUACCUGGUGGAGAUAAAAAGCAUUGCCUUGGCUGCAGCAGCAUGCAUUUUGACAAUGUCUUCGGUAGAGAAGUUAUUUAGACUCGAUCAGAAUCUUGUUGUGACCCUUUCAAAUGUCACCUCAAGAAGAUAACCCGUGUUUUAAGAAAUGUGCCUGAGACAGCAAUACAAGAUCACGCAAGUUUCGAUUUCGGCUGAAGUCUGAUGUUUCAGUAGUGACUUAGCAAGCCCUCCUGAUACUGUAUCUAUGGCUUGUCCCUCAACAUCUGGAGGUGAAGGUACAUGAUUAGGAUGUGUUGAAGAAGCCAUGCCCAGCACUGGAGAGUUGAGACUGAGCUUUUUACAUCCUUAUGGACAAUCUCCAUCCUACGUAUUCCCAAGGCCUCCUGAUACACUUUUCACAGAUCAUUGGGAUGUGCUUUUAGUAGAUGGACCUGUGACGGCAACAGGACGGACAUACACAAUUUCAAACCAAGGCACAACUGGUGUGUCAAAGACUCUGAUGGAAUAUAAAUUGAGAGUGUAGCCAUUGUUUGUUUUUUUUUUUAUUCCCACCUUACCAUUUAAACAGUCCAGCUUAUUCAUGAUUCCACCAAAGUUGAAUUUCUUUUCUCACUAUAGUGGUCUAAGAGCCCCUUUGGUUUCAGUUUAGUUUUUGUUUGUUUUUCAGUUUUAUGAGAAAAGGCUUGAUCUAUAUUUUCUGAAAACCGCAAUGAAAGAAUGCAUGAUCUCAAAUAUGAUUUACUUAAUUCAAGGCCCUUUUUUGUGUCUCUCAAGAAGUCAAAAAUGUGAACUGGAAAGAAAAACUAAAACUAUUCUGAUUUACUAUUCUAUUUUGUUUUAGUUACUUUGGCAUUAUUGUCUUAUUUAUUCAUUUUAAACCGUGUUUUUUAUUUCAAUUAAAAAUAAUUUUUCACUGCUAGUUCUGGCUUUAGUCUUACUUUUCAUGAACCCUAAUAACCCUGUACCAUUCACUGAUCAUUAGCUGCUAUUCAACAGCAUAGUAAGGAAUUGUUGUAUUGAUGCGCACUUCAGAUAAGAAACAAUAUCUCAGUAACAACUCAAAAACCAAAGACCACAUUUUCUGGAGCUGUUCGUGACAUUAUAAGGUAGCUUUAGUAAAAAAUAAAUUACCAAUUUUAAAAUAGAGGAUUUUUCAUAAUUUAAAUUUUAAUAUCAUAAUCAGUCAUAACAUGGUCAUUUUUCAUUUGGGGGAUAGCAUAGUAUUUACCCAAAAUACAGAGUGGUAAAACAGCUUUAAAACAACAUGGGACCAUUUCUGUGCAACUUAUAUUUAGGGAGAUAUAGUCAGUCAAAGUCAUAAUCAUAGUUAAGUUCAAACUUUGUUAGCUUAAAUCUCCCUUAAUAUUGAUCCAAGAUAUGUGCAAUUUCAGUUCCAUGGGUUACUCGUUUGACCAAAUCAGCAUGUCAAGUUUCGUUAAAAUCUGUGACGAUGAGGUUCAAAAUUUCGAUGAUUUGACAUGAAAUUACUUGUAUGUACAGAAGGAAUCCAUGUCAGAAGAGUGCUAGUUCAAUUCGGAGCACACACGUCCACGCUAUGACAUAAAGGGGAAAUGUUGAGUUAACAGUCAGCCUAGCCUGCAUGUCUAUGGGAGUAAACCAGAGUACUUGGUGGUUCUUAAAAUUUGUUUAUUUCCAAAUUGCUGGUGAAAGACUAGCGCAGCUGCUUCAUUGCAUCAGUGUCCUAAGUUUUUAUCUUAGGCCCAAUCUGUCCUGGGUAAAGUUUGCACUUCACCUCUGUGCCUGCAUGGUUUAUCCCCUUCUGCAUCCCAAAGAUGUGUAGGUUAAGACAAUUGUUGACUCUCCGUUGGCUUGGUAUGAGUGAGCCGUGCAAUGAAUUGGUUCCCCAUCCAGGGUAAGUUCUUGCCUUGCACCUAUUGGUGUCAGCAUAAGCAUGGGUCCCUCGCAUACACAGAACCGAACAAGCUAGCUAUCAGGUUAGAAUAUGUAUGGAUAUUUUUUUAAAAUUGACUCAAUGACAUUGUUCAUGAUUUUUCAUUCUCAUCACUAAUAGAAGUUCAGAUUUUGCAACGUUUAGUGUGAAACCAAACAUCUGCUUGAUUUGUGCCUGGAUUAAACAAGUUUGUUACAACCUGGGUUGGGCUACUUGUGUUAAAGGCGCAUCAAACCUGUUUAAAAUGGUUGUUCUCUGUUACUGUACUUAUAGGUAGGAAAAAAAAAUGUUUUCUAUUAUAAUUUCUGCCAUAGCUAAUUUUCAACAAUCUAAGAUAAGUUAAUCAAUACCUUAUUUAGCACCAUUGUUCAGUUUGCACUAUCAUAAAGAGUUUUCAAAUGCUUCUGCCAAAAAAAA